AGGGCGAGCGGCUGGUAUGGAGCCUCUACUCUCGAAUGGACCCCUCCUGUCCCUUUGCCUCGUGGGACUCCAUGUCAGAGGCCAUUGGGCUGAAGAUGGUCCCACGCGUGGGCGUCCACGUGGACGUGCACGCGGCAUGGAGAGUCCCAAGGUGACCAGAUGAGGGGACACCGCAGCGUGGAAAAGCGCCGGUGACGUGAAAGCUGCUGCGGGAGCGAGAGGAGCGGAGUAGGCGGUGCAGUGAGCUGCCGAGAAGGCUUCGAUGGCGGGCCGCGCCUGAAGAAAAGCCUUGGCUGUGAGGGCGCUGCGGGAGAAGAAGCUGGACAGCGCCGGCAGGAUGCUGCGGACAGGCUGCCCGGCGUCGCCCCCUAGCGUCCAGCCGAAGCAUAGAGAAUGUGACUUGGAGAAAAACCACAGGACCACUUGCAUGCCACAGUUGGACUUGAAAAACAUCUCCAAGCCUCCAGAGAGGAAGGAAUGCACCAGCCGAGGACCGCGUGACCCACAUCUGAGGAUCUCAUUUUGUGAACAUACCGUCAAUGAAAAGCAGUUCUUACCUCCAACAUGCCGUCUGCCAUCAGCACGUCCCCCUCAGCAAGAACGUUGCUUUGGAUGUUUGGGGAGUACCAGAGCAACGCGGCCAUCAUUGAGCAUUACAACUUCACGGGCAAGCUGAAAGAGAACAAGUACAAGGAAGGACUCAAGCCGGAGGCCAUCGUCUUCCUUCUGGUUUGCCUGCUGAUCGUUGUGGAAAACAGCGUGGUGCUGGUGGCCAUCUGGAAGAACAAGAAGUUCCAUCUGCCCAUGUACUACUUGUUGGGCAACCUGACGCUCUCCGACCUGCUGGCAGGCUUCACCUACAUGCUAAACCUGAUGACGUCCGGCGCCAACACAUUAAACAUGACCCCCGUGUUGUGGUUCCUCAGGGAAGGGGGCGUGUUCAUCAUGCUGGCCGCAUCCGUCAUCAGCCUCCUGGCCAUCGCCAUUGAGCGCCACGUUACCAUGGUGAGGAUGAAGCCCUACCAGGGCGACAAGCAAGGCCGAAUGUUUGCUCUGAUCGGAGCCAGCUGGGUGCUGUCCGUGCUCCUGGGGGUCCUGCCGGUUCUGGGUUGGAACUGUAUGGGUCGUCUGGACCGGUGCUCCACCGUGCUGCCGCUCUACGCCAAGAGCUACAUCCUCUUCUGCGUCACCAUCUUCAGCGCCAUCCUGAUGUCCAUCGUGGUGCUGUAUGUCCGCAUCUUCCGCAUCGUCAAGUCCAACACCCAACGCCUCGGAUCGGGUCCCCAGAGGAAAGGUCUGUACCGGAAGUCGCAAAAGUACAUGGCUCUGCUGAAGACCGUCACCAUCGUGCUGGGGGUCUUCAUCGCAUGCUGGUUGCCGCUUUUCAUCCUCCUGUUGCUCGACUUCUUCUGCCCGACCAAGAGCUGUGACGUGCUCUUCAAGGCUGACUACUUCCUGGGCAUCGCCAUGUUCAACUCCCUCCUUAAUCCCAUCAUCUACACCCUGACCAGCAAGGACAUGCGGAGAGCCAUCCUCAGGCUGCUCUGCAGCAGCUGUCUUUUAACCAGAGAUGGACAAGUCAAGAAGAUCGGGAUGCCCUUCCUGGAGUGCAGCACCAGUAAGACCGACGCCGCCUCUCACAGACUGGAGGGACUGGAGACCACAGUGUCUUCUGGAAAUUUUACACCUUCCACCAUCAAAGCUAUUCUCCCCAAGAUGUCCAAGACUUGAUGCCGACCUCGAACAAGAGCAGAAGCAUAGGAGAAAGACCACCACUGAUGUAGCCAUCAAAAGCACCCACGCGGGUUGAGUGGGGCAAACGUGAAUGACAGGAGUAAGCAGAAGGAUCCACACUUCUGGUACUCAUCUUUGAACGUGGGACAGGUUGGUCCAAGUCUAUUUGCAGCAUCAUCACAGUCUGGUUUCAAGCAGGUUGUCACCACCUCACGGAACAGGAUGCUUUGGAACGCUAAACCCCGUACGGCGACACGGGGUGCGUUGUGGAAGUGUAUGACGUAUGGCGUGCUGUCAUAUCGGCUGGCGUGUGGCCGCACAGCACACGGCGCUCUGCCACUGAACGAAGAUGGCGCCCUCACGCAAACAAUGGAAGCCUCAUCGUUCUGCUACAACACCACAGCCAAGCCGCAUUAGCAACCAGUCAGUCAGAACAUCCGUUUACACGUCCUUCCGUAGCUGCUGCUUCUUCGUUCCUUCCAAAUGCCCCAAACAAGACGGAGCACCCGAGUGCUUUGAGAUGGGGGGGGGCUUCAUGUCAGAGCGGCCUGGUCUUGUCACGAGUCGCUUCUUUCUUUAACGAGCGACUAGAGCAGGAGUCUCCAAA